AACUUACGUAACAAGUUGAUAGAACAACAGCUAUGAUUGGACCAAGAUAGAUGGCUAUGGCGGACAUCGACGAGAUAAGAUGAGCAAACAGGAAGCUGGCAAAAAUGAUGAUAUUAUGGACUGUUUAAACACGAUAAUGACAUGUUUUAUAAUUCCUUGAAUGGCUACACGAUCAAUAAUGAGAUAGAAUAUCUACCUAUGGAAAAUUUUACACGAUUUGAAAACCUCAGUGAUGAUGAUCAACAUGGAUCAUAUCAAAUGAGUGAAGAAAUGAAUGCAGUUAGCAGUGGYGAUGAGCAAAAUAUCUCAACAGAAGAGAGAGAGGCUGUCUCAAGAGCCUCCACAUACCUUGAUGAAAAAGUUGGAAUACCAAGAUGGGAAGAUGAUUAUUCAUUCAACUUCCGUCGUCUUUGGGCCUUCACUGGUCCAGGAUUUUUGAUGAGCAUUGCUUAUCUUGAUCCCGGUAACAUAGAGUCUGACCUACAGUCAGGGGCCACAGCUAAAUUCAAGCUGCUGUGGAUUCUGAUGGUUGCUACUCUUAUGGGAUUAUUCAUGCAGCGCCUUUCCUUGCGUCUUGGUACCGUUACAGGAAAACAUUUGGCUGAAAUGUGCAAUGAGAAAUAUCCUCGAAUACCUAGAAUAAUUCUAUGGGUGAUGGUUGAAAUUGCAAUCAUUGGCAGUGACAUGCAGGAAGUGAUUGGCACUGCUAUUGCCUUUAAUCUUUUAUCAAAUGGAAAGAUCCCUCUGUAUGGAGGAGUUCUUAUUACAAUCACUGAUACAUUCAUUUUUCUAUUCUUGGACAAGUAUGGGUUGAGAAAGCUAGAAGCAUUUUUUGGUUUCCUCAUAACUGUUAUGGCGAUAUCAUUUGGAUAUGAGUAUAUCCGUGUUAAACCAGACCAAUUGCAAGUUGUAAAAGGCCUUUUCAUUCCUAUGUGUAAGAACUGUGACCAUAAAGCAAUUUUACAAGCAGUUGGUAUUGUUGGUGCAGUUAUUAUGCCCCACAACAUGUAUCUACACUCAGCACUUGUCAAGUCAAGAGAUAUAGAUAGAAAAAAAGUGAUGGCAGUUAAAGAAGCCAAUAUGUAUUACUUCAUUGAAUCAGCAAUUGCCCUUUUUGUUUCUUUUAUAAUAAAUGUGUUUGUAGUCGCUGUCUUUGCAGAGGCAUUUUAUCAUCAGACAUAUGCUGAUGUGUAUAGCAAUUGCACUCAUCAUGGGAUUUCACAGAUUGAUAUCUUUAAUGCCACUCUCCAGGGCAAGAAGGAAGAUGACAUAAUAGAGGGAGAUCUGUAUAAAGGCGGUGUUUUUCUAGGGUGCAUGUUUGGUGCUCCUGCUCUUUAUAUUUGGGGAAUAGGAAUACUUGCUGCUGGUCAGAGCUCAACUAUGACAGGYACCUAUUCUGGCCAAUUUGCUAUGGAGGGCUUUCUCAACAUUUCCUGGGCUCGCUGGAAAAGGGUUUUAUUUACACGAUCUAUUGCCAUUGCUCCUACUUUGGCUGUAGCUUUCUUUGAAGGGGUAGAAGACUUGACUGGUAUGAAYGACUUUCUGAAUGUUCUACAAAGUUUACAGCUWCCAUUUGCUUUACUCCCUGUUUUACACUUUACAAGUCAAGUGGAGAUCAUGAAGACUUUCACUAAUGGCAUUGUGAUGCAAGUGAUUGCUUGGGCAGUAUCYGUUCUUGUUAUAGGAAUCAAUACAUACUUUGUAGUAUCAUACGUGGGCACCAUUCCUCAUAAUGCCGGACUCUACUUCCUUAUUGCUGUAAUAUUGCUGUGUUAUUUCUCUUUUGUGUCGUUUAUGGUAUAUCUUGCUCUUGGUUUUUCGUUCCUGGAUUUUGUACCUUGUUUGAGACGAAUUGAUUUGGAUUACACCAAACAUGAGAAUCAGGAGACAAGCGCCGAAUCAGAAAAUACAAUAGUAAAUAAUUUUGGUUAACCAAGCGACUGAUGUACAUGCAUCAAAUACUCGARUUUCAGGAGUUUCACUAAGUCAGAAUUAUUGCGUUCAGUUACUGAACCACUACUGAACUAUUGUAGCACUUUCAAACAGAAGGAUAAUGAACGGACAAUAAUAAAUCUAUUUUAUUAGAUACUGAAGUCCGAAAGAAAGGUCGCAAAUUACAAUCCUUUGAACAAYACCUCAAAUCAAAACCCUGUGACUAGUGAUUCAUGAUUCCAAUAAAACUAAUAUAGACAUGCUGUCUGGAAUGUUAUAAAAUAUUACCGCUAUGCUGAGUAUUUGGGGCAUUGUAGUCUUUGUAAAGAACUAUAAAUUUAUAAAGAAAUAAAAAUGCACUUUUCUAUGGAAA